UGUGGUUUCUAGAAAGAGUUUGCCUCUGUCUCAAUCUCGUUCCUUUACCACUCACUCCCUUUUGCCUGUCAAUGAGGCCGUGGCAGUGUGCUACAGUGCCUAUUGUCCUUUUAGACAAAGGUUAGAGCGUCUAGCCCCAUUACUUCGUCCCCAUGUUGCCGGCUACAGCCAGGGAUGGCCUCCAUCGACUGUCUACCUACCUGGAAGAACUUGAGGCUGGGGACCUGAAGAAAUUCAAAUUAUACCUGGGGAUUGCAGAGGAACUGGGCCAGAACAAGAUCCCCUGGGGACGAAUGGAGAUGGCUGGUCCUCUGGAAAUGGCCCAGCUGAUGGUGGCCCAUAUGGGGACAAGGGAGGCUUGGCUUCUGGCUCUCAGCACCUUUGAGAGGAUUCACAGGAAGGACCUGUGGGAGCGAGGACAGGGAGAAGACCUGGUGAGGGUCACUCCGAAUAAUGGUCUAUGCUCCCUUGAGAACCAAUCAGCAUGCCCUUUGGAUGUUUCUCCCGAUGCUCCAAGAAAAGAUCCCCAGACAACCUACAAAGACUAUGUCCGAAGGAAAUUCCGUCUAAUGGAAGACCGCAAUGCACGACUAGGCGAAUGUGUCAACCUGAGCCAUCGGUACACUCGGCUUCUCCUAGUAAAGGAACACGCAAAUCCUAUCUGGGCACAGGAAAAACUUCUGGAUAUAGGGUGGGGACACUCCAGAACCAGGAGCCACCAGGCUAGCCCUAUCCAAAUGGAGACCCUCUUUGAGCCAGACGAAGAACGCCCUGAGCCACCACGCACGGUGGUAUUACAAGGGGCAGCAGGGAUGGGGAAGUCCAUGCUGGCCCACAAAGUGAUGUUGGACUGGGCCGAUGGGAGGCUCUUCCAAGGUCGGUUCGAUUUUGUCUUCUAUAUCAGCUGCAAGGAGUUGAACAGAAGCCACACCCAGUGCAGCGUACAGGACCUUAUCUCCAGCUGCUGGCCAGAGCGAGGUGCACCCCUCGAGGACCUCAUUCGGGCUCCUGAUCGUCUCCUAUUCAUCAUUGAUGGCUUCGAUAAGCUCCAUCCUUCUUUCCAUGAUGCUCAGGGUCCCUGGUGCCUCUGCUGGGAGGAGAAACGACCCACUGAACUCCUCCUCGGAAGUCUGAUUCGGAGGUUGCUUCUGCCCCAGCUCUCUUUGCUCAUCACCACACGACCCUGUGCACUGGAGAAGCUGCAUGGCUUGCUGGAACACCCCAGGCAUGUGGAGAUCCUAGGCUUCUCUGAGGCAGAGAGGAAGGAAUAUUUCUACAGAUAUUUCCACAACACUGGACAAGCAAGCCAAGUGUUUAGCUUCAUGAUGGACUAUGAGCCCCUCUUUACCAUGUGUUUUGUUCCCAUGGUGUCUUGGGUGGUCUGCACCUGCCUAAAGCAGCAGCUGGAAAGUGGGGAGCUUUUAAGACAAACAUCUAGGACCACCACAGCGGUUUAUAUGUUCUACCUUCUGAGCUUGAUGCAGCCCAAGCCAGGGACCCCAACUUUCAAAGUCCCAGCCAACCAGAGAGGCCUGGUCUCUCUGGCUGCAGAGGGUCUCUGGAAUCAGAAGAUUCUAUUUGACGAACAGGAUCUUGGGAAACACGGCCUAGAUGGAGCAGAUGUCUCCACUUUCCUCAACGUGAACAUAUUCCAGAAGGGCAUCAAGUGUGAGAAAUUCUACAGCUUCAUCCACUUGAGUUUCCAGGAAUUCUUCGCAGCCAUGUACUGUGCACUGCAUGGCAGAGAGGCGGUGAGGAGGGCGCUGGCUGAGUAUGGUUUCUCGGAAAGGAACUUCUUGGCCCUCACGGUGCGCUUCCUGUUUGGCCUCCUCAAUGAAGAGAUGAGAUGCUACCUCGAGAGGAAUCUCGGCUGGACCAUCUCCCCUCAGGUCAAGGAGGAAGCGUUGGCAUGGAUCCAAAACAAGGCUCAAAGCGAAGGCUCCACCCUGCAGCAUGGCUCCCUGGAGCUACUCGGCUGCCUGUAUGAGAUCCAGGAGGAGGACUUUAUCCAGCAGGCUCUGAGCCACUUUCAAGUGGUUGUAGUCAGAAACAUCUCAACAAAGAUGGAGCACAUGGUCUGCUCGUUUUGUGUGAGGUACUGCAGAAGCACAGAGGUGCUUCAUUUGUAUGGGAGUGCCUAUAAUACAGGCACAGAGGAUGACCCACCAGAACCUUCCGGAGCCCAGACUCAGUCCGCACAGUUAGAUCCUGAGAGGAACAUACUUCCUGACAUCUACAGUGCAUACCUCUCAGCAGCUGUCUGCACCAACUCAAACCUCAUCGAGCUGGCCUUGUACCGCAAUGCCCUGGGCAGCCAGGGUGUGCGGCUGCUCUGUCAAGGCCUCCAGCAUGCCAACUGCAAGCUUCAGAACCUGAGGCUAAAGAGGUGUCAGAUCUCCACGUCAGCCUGCCAGGACCUCGCUGCAGCUGUCAUCGCCAAUAGGAAUUUAAUCAGGCUGGACCUCAGCGGCAACAGCCUUGGGGUGCUAGGCCUGGAACUGCUCUGUGAGGGGCUGCAGCACCCCAGGUGUAGGCUGCAGAUGAUCCAGCUGAGGAAGUGUCUGCUGGAGGCUGCAGCUGGCCGAGUGUUGGCCUCUGUUCUCAGCAGCAACUCACAUCUGGUAGAACUGGAUCUGACAGGAAACCCCUUGGAGGAUUUGGGGCUGAAGUUAUUGUGUCAAGGGCUGAAGCACCCAGUCUGCAGGCUUCGGACCUUGUGGCUGAAGAUCUGCCACCUUGGACAAGCUUCCUGUGAAGAUCUGGCCUCUACUCUCAAAAUGAACCAGAGCCUGAUGGAGCUAGACCUAGGUCUGAAUGACCUUGGGGAUUCUGGGGUGCUUCUGCUGUGUGAGGGCCUCAGGCAUCCAGACUGCAAACUCCAGACCCUCCGGUUGGGCAUUUGUCGACUGGGCUCAGACGCGUGUGCAGGGAUUGCCAGUGUGCUCCAGGUCAACACAUGCCUCAGAGAGCUGGACCUGAGCUUCAAUGACUUGGGAGACAGAGGCCUGUGGCUCCUGGGGGAAGGCCUGAGGCACCAGACAUGCAGACUCCAGAAGCUGUGGCUGGAUAGCUGUGGCCUUACAUCCAAAGCAUGUGAGGACCUUGCUUCCAUCCUGGGAAUCAACCAGACUCUGAAUGAGCUUUAUUUGACCAACAACGCUCUGGGGGACACAGGUGUCAGGCACCUGUGCAAGAGGCUUAGGCAUCCUGGCUGCAAGCUUCGAGUCCUGUGGCUGUUUGGAAUGGACCUGAAUAAAAUGACCCUCAGGAAGAUGGCAGCACUUCGAGUCACAAAACCAUACCUGGAUAUUGGGUGCUGAGCAGUAAUGCAGAGAACAUGGACCAGACCAGGAUGUUUAUUCUCUCAGCUAUGAGGCACUUGGAGACAAGAUCAUUCAAGAUCAUCCUCAGAAACCAGCUAAGAAACCUGUCUUCGGUCAGGAGGCCCACUAAGUACAGGUUGACGAAGUAUGAUCUGAGACCUUUGAUGGAGCUGCAGCUGAGUCCUGGAUGUUUCCAUGGGUCAAGGUUACCACCUACUGGCUAAAGUGUAGAAUUACAGCCAGGCUAGACACCAACAAUUAUUUGUGCAUAGUACAAGAGAUAGCAAGCAGGAGUCCCUGCAGAUAGGCCAUGCUGCUUCCUGCAUAUCCUUGGAAAAUCUUGUCAAUUUUGUCUCAAAAUUGUACUCAAAUCUGGGCUGAGGCCCCAGAGACACAAAUGAGGCCUAAAAAGGUAUAAACCUGUCUGGAAAAGUGGACCAGUUGGAAAACCAGUAUGCGUGAAACCCUGGACCCUUAUUUGUUUUCAACAUCUUGAGGGCAGCUAAUGGCUCACAUCCUGGGUGAAAACUAGGUCCUAAUUCCCAGCAACCACAUGGUGGCCCGCCACCAUCUGUAAUGGGAUCUGAUGAUGCCCUCCCAAGAGGCUGCACUUAACUCAUACAGGAUACUCAUAUACAAUGUUAAAAUGGCCUGGAAUAGAGCCAGGCAUCAAGCAUGAGGGUCAGAAAUGCACAUUCACGGGUUCAAUUAUAAAAGCAGCAUGUGGCCAGGGAUAGUGGCACAUUUAACCCUAGCAUCCAGGAGGCCAGCCUAGUCAGUGGGGGGAAUUCUUCCCCUAAAAACCUUUGGAGUGGUGGCAGCCUUAACCAAGUGUAGCUCAGAAUUCCUAGUCAGGGCUGUCUCUAAAAGCUCCCCCCACCCCCCCACCCAUUCCCAGCUUUAAUCCCCAUUAAGCCCCGCAUCCACCCACAGCCUCUAGCUUGAGACCCUGAAGCUUCUGCAGCCUAGUGAUGCAGACCACAUAAAUAAAGCCAUAAAGCUGUUAAGUAUACAAAACCAAGAGCUAAAUAGCAAAUAUCUGCCUCAAAAUGGGCUAAGGAGCCUGCAAGCAUGCAGUUCCAUCCCUAGAAAACCACAAAACCCAGCCAAACCCCAGCAGGAAGUAAAUAAAAAACCUGAAAGCAAA